GCUUUGGGCUACUGGUAGACAUCGUGUGGCCUAUUGGACGAUUGGACGGUCAUCGAAUCACCCGACGCAUGGGCGCUUCAUAACGCACGUGGACCCAUGGAUCUGGGCGUGGGAAGUUCUUGGGCGAUCAGAGGACAUUUGCUCGUCAUGCGGGCCGCAAAGACUGGGCCCCUGUUCACACUCUGCAGAAAUUGCCAUCCGGGUUCUGGUUCUGGUCUUCUCACUAUCAGCUCUUCGCUAUAAAACCGAGGAGGGCCUCUCUUUGCACACAUCUGCUGCGCCAUGACCGCCCUCGAGGAACCUCCGGUUGUCCUGCCCACUCUCGAUCGCCUCGGAAUCACCUCCGUCCCGCAGGAUGUCGAUGCACUCAAAGUGGCGAGCGUCUGGUUCGGCUCCUUCACUCAGGCCGUGGCAAAGAACGACACCGAUGGCAUCCUCUCGCACAUCGUGAGCGACGGCUGGUGGCGCGACAUGCUCGCACUCACCUGGGAGUUCCGCACUCUCCACGGGCACGCCAAGAUCCGGAGGCUGCUCGAGGAGCGUCUGGCGCCCGCGAAGCUGUCCGCGUUCAAGCUCACUUCUGCCAAGCUCGAAACGCCAUACCCUGAUCUCGCCUGGAUCCUCGCGGGGUUCACGUUCGAGACGGAGUUCGGGCUUGGAAGCGGUUACUUCCGCUUAAUCCCCACCGCGGACAGCCAGUGGACCGGCUUCACCGUCUACACGAACCUGGAGGAUCUGAAAGGGCACGAGGAGAAGAUCGGGGCAAGACGCAACUUCCUCCCGAACCACGGCAAGUGGCUGGACGAGCGCGCGCGCGAGAAGAACUUCGUGGACAGCGACCCGACGGUGCUGGUCAUUGGUGCGGGGCAGAGCGGUCUAGAUGUCGCGGCUCGCCUCAAGCUCCUGGACGUGCCCACACUGGUGAUCGACAAGAACGAGCGCAUCGGCGACCAGUGGAGGUAUCGGUACCAGGCUCUGUGCUUGCACGACCCUGUCUGGUAUGAUCAUAUGCCGUACAUCCCCUUCCCUACCACCUGGCCAGUCUACACGCCGGCGCACAAGCUCGCUGGGUGGCUGGAAUACUUUGCGGAAGCACUGGAGCUGAACGUGUGGACCUCUUCUACUGUUACCAAGGCUGAGCAGGACGCGAACAACGAGUGGAACGUAACAGUCGAGAAGGCGGACGGCACAACGCGUGUGUUCCACGUCAAACACCUAAUCUCCGCGAUCGGGCUUGGGGGAAACAACCCGAACAUCCCCGAGUUCCCCGGACGCGACGAGUACAAGGGUCAGAUCCUGCAUUCGAUAUACCACAACUCGGCGAAGGAUCACCUGGGGAAGAAGGUCGUGAUUAUCGGCGCAGCUACGUCAGCACACGACCUGGCGGCGGAUUACGUGCACAACGGAGUUGACGUGACGAUGUACCAGCGCGAAAGCACGUACGUCAUGACCACCAGGGAAGGCGGACCGCGCAUAUUCGGCAAGCUGUGGUGGGAAGGCGCGCUGCCUCCGGAUGAAGCGGACCGCGUCGACGCGUCGCUGCCUAUCUGGGUCAACGAGCAGAUUGGCAAGCGGACGACGCAGGAGAUAGCAGAGGCGGACGGGAAGCUUCUCGACGGGCUCAAGAAGGCUGGCUUCAAGCUGAACUUGGGUCACGAGGGUGGCGGCUUUUUCGCGCUGACACGGCGACGCGGUGGCGGCUACUACCUUGACGUCGGCGCAUCGCAGCUCAUCAUCGACGGCAAGAUCAAGCUGAAGAACGACAGCGUCAUCAAGCGGUACACGCCGACCGGCCUCGAGUUUGAGGAUGGCAGCACGCUCGACGCGGACGUCAUCAUGUUCGCGACUGGAUUCGCGAGCCCGGUAGUAAGCCUCGCGAAAAUCUUCGGCGAAGAAAUUGCGUCGCGCGUCAAGCCGGUAUGGAACUUGAACUCGGAGGGCGAGCUCCGCACGGCAUGGCGCGACUCGGGAGUCCCCAACUUCUGGUUCAUGAUGGGCAACCUCGCCUGGUGUCGCUUCCACUCUAAGCACCUGGCUCUUCAGAUCAAGGCGCAGGAGAUUGGUGCUUUCCACGGGAACGCGUCGCGGUAUGUGUAGGACCGACGACGUGCGCGAGAGAGUUACGGAAACGAAGCAAAGGAAGCAAGAAGUCAGGCAACGCACAUUGUAUACUCUACUUCCAAUUCAGUGCAUUUACGGCUUGCCACCGCUGUCAGCUUGAGAGUGAGUCCGGGCCGCGCAUGUCUUCUUAGCUUAACUUCUUUAGCCAAUCCUCUCGGGCGCACAUGUGAAUACAGCACAUCCCACGAUUCCCUGGGGAUACUAAGCAAUACCCCAGCUGUGGAUCAACCCUCUUUCUAUCGACUGCUGACCCCCUGGGCUCUCCGGUUCGCCACUACCGACGGUCGCUAGCCACCUGCAUCUCAUCUGCUGCUCACGCGAUCCUC